AAGUGUAGAAAAGAAAGAAAAUAAAACGGAAAAAUAUUAUAUAAAAAAGAAACAUAAUAAAAAGGAAGAAAAAGAAAAAAAAAGAGUAAUUGAAGAAGAGAGAAAGAGUGGCAUUACGAGGAACAAAUAAAAGAGCCUCGUGACGGAGGGGCUUCGUACGGCCCUGGCGCGACUGCGGCAUUGCACCCCCACAGGGGGUUCUUUGCCAAACUCACCAAACUCCCCUUCUACACCGGAACAUAAAAAUCACGGAUGCUUGGUAGAUGGUCGUGGGUCAAAUCGUAGAAGCAGUGGCAAUUCAAGGAAUAACGAUGGAACUGAUUCAACAACAGCUGAAUCACAGUCGCAAUCGCAAACAUCACGUGUUUCUAAUGCCACGCAUCGUUAUAAUGGAACAGAAAAUUCCCGCGAAACCGAUUUAUUAUCGCAUGCUGCCUCUGCAUUACGAAGAUUACAUUUUAAAUCCGCAGGUGGAAGUCGAAGUUGCCGCACUGUUCCGAAAGUUGUCGUUAUGGGAUCAAGUACUGCUUCCGAAACAACAAUUAAUACUAGCACUGAUAGUGCUAAUACAAUGCUUACAAUGGUGACAACAACGGAUGGAGAACAACCAGAUGACAGUUUUGAUUUAAUGGACAUUCCAUCGGAGAUGUCACCAUCAACUGCUGCUGCAUCAUCAAUGGAUGUACCAUUAUCUGAACCAAUUUUACCGGCUCCACUUCCUUCAUCUCCGGCAAUUCCAUCUUCUUCCUCUCCAUCGAUUGAAUAUUCGACUGAAGAUGAGAAAGGAUUUAAAAUGUGUCCACCGUUAACUGGCACUGGUUUGAAAUCAGAUAUUCCUAUUACUUGCCUUGAUAUUCGUGCAUCUAGUAUUUCAAAUCUCCUUGAUGAAACCGAUGCUCCUUCAAUUGAUUCAACGCCUAUUAUAAUCCAUAGUACUGUUAAUGAGACUAUCAGGGUAUCUGUUUCCGGAAGAACCCCACCUCUUCCAGAUCUCCGAACAACAGAUUUUUUUAGCACACCCGUAAGAGGUUCGGUCGACGCUGGUCAGCCAGAGAAAGAUAGUUCAAAUUCAAUGUUAACAUUAAUUGUCGGUAGAUCUCGAGAAAAUGGGAAUCAAGAAAAUCGAUUAAACGAUAUUGUAUCCAAUGAGAAAAAAUAUGAAGAAGGAAAAUUGAAUGUGAACGUUACUACGAAUCCUUUGGAUAUAUCAUUAAUAGAAGCUCGUACUAAUAAUAAUCAGUCAUCUGACAGUUCUGGAAGACCUAGUAGUAGCUCGACUAAACCUCGAAGAAAAGCAGCUGAAUCGCAUCCUCUCGUUUCAACCAUUCAUUCAUGGGUCAGGCUCUUUUUCCCGUUUUGCGCAAUAGGAGGCAACACGAGUGGAAAUAAGAGAUCAACGCAAGCGGCAACGAUUGUGGUACAACAACCAUCACUCUCAUUGGACGGAUCGAGUGGAGCUGCUACAAUACUGCUACAUCCGGAGUUGGAUGUUAGACGUCGAGAAGAAAAUAUGAGACAAUUAUUAGAUGUUGCGAACACAUUGACAUUACAAGAAAUACACGACUUUGAAAUGAGAUAUGGCAGUCCACAUCACAGUAGAUCUCAAUCAGUUAAGACUCCUGGAAGUCGUUCAUCAGGUAGACCAAAUUAUUUAUGUCUUCCUCAACAAAGAUCAAGAGUUGCAAGCAUGCCAAAUACUGGUGUAGAGGAAGAAUAUUACAGGCUUCGACAUUUCAGUAUAACUGGUAAAGGAAUUGUAAACCGAGGAGAUUCAUUAAAAAGUCGAAGAUCUCGAUCUAACAAUAGCGUUGCUUCGAGCAACUCAAGCACGGAACAUCUAACAGCUUCGUAUCCUGGCUCAGCAAGAAAUUCAGCAGCGGGCUCAUUGGCAAGUUCCCGUGAAAGCAGCGCGUCUCAGGGACCAACGCCAUAUCGUGUUUUAAUGCUGGGAGCUCCAGCCGUAGGAAAAAGUUCGUUAGUUUCUCAAUUUAUGACAUCGGAAUAUCUUCAUGCAUAUGAUACAUCAAUUGAUGAUGAAUCAGGGGAGAAAACUGUUAGUGUUCUUUUAGCUGGGGAAGAAUCCGAACUGACUUUUAUCGAUCAUUCUAGUGCGGAAAUGACGCCGGAAGCUUGUAUAACCACAUAUGAACCACAUGCUUAUUGCGUCGUCUAUUCUACAACCGAUCGAGCUUCAAUACGCGUAGCAGAAGAAGUUUUGCAAACACUUUGGCGCAGCGAUUAUGUGUCAGCUCGAGCAGUGAUCCUUGUUGGAAAUAAAGUUGACCUUGUUCGCAGUCGAUUAGUCUCGACCGAAGAAGGAAAAUCUAUGGCUACAUCUUAUGAUUGUAAAUUUAUUGAAACAUCCGUUGGGAUCAAUCAUAACGUUGACGAACUUCUUGUUGGCUUACUUACACAAAUUCGGCUGAAGCUUGAGAAUCCUGAAAGAACAAGAGAUUUAUUUCGGAAGAGAUCGCGAAAAAAUCGUAGUAAAUCACCUUUAGGAUCUUGUUCUGAAAAUAAUUCGCCGAAAAAAUAUCGAGGUAGUCGAACAAGUACUAGUUUAAAGGUACGAAAUUUAUUAGACCAUAUUAAUGAUGAGAGCAGCGACGUUAAACGUUAAUGGCAUGCGCGUACAUAUUUCAAAUUAAAGAAUUUAUAAAAUGAGAGAGUUGAUAAUUAUAAGGACCAAUUCGAUAAAAAAUAAGAAGAGUGCAAAGAGAAAAGAUAGAAACGAUAGUAGAAAAAUGAUUCAUUAGAAAGCAGAAGUUGAUGAGCAUGCAAGCGAGAAAAAAGAAGAAACAAGAAGUAAGAGAAAAUGAAAGUUGAGAAAAAAAGAGAGCGAAGAAAAGGAACAAAAUAUGAUGUUCACUGAUGAUUAUCCGUCCAUCACAUAAACCUUCAAGGAUCCUUCGUGAAUCAUAUUGUCAGUUUUAAUUGAAAACUUAUCAAUAUCAAUAAAUUUUGUUUGAAGGACUCGAACACCGUUUCUUAGAAUAUGACAUGUAUCGCGUGUAUUGCUCUCUACAGCUGAAAAAAUUUUGAAAAAGAAGAAAACAAAUAAAUGAGAUAAGUAAUUUACUUGUUUUUCAAUGAAUGCGAAUACAAAUAUAUACAUAUAUAUAUAUUUGUAUAUAUAUGCGAUUGGAUACACUGACGAAUACCCAUAUUUUGUGGACCAGAGCCUCGAUUAGGCGAUUUCUUCGAUCGAUGUUAUAUUAUAUCCUUGUACCUGUAUGCGUAGUAAAAUCGCGCCGAUUUUAUUGUCUUUACUUGUUAUUAGUGUAUUAAAGAAUGUUAUUUGCAUAUUGACUAUUACUAAUUAUAGCAAAAUUAUUUCUAUUAUAUAUAUGUACGGAAAAUCGGGAUAUGAGAGUCCAAUCGAAUUUAUGAUCCCGAUUCUUCAUCAUAUCAUAUAAUGCCCGUGUUAGCGAUAAUAAUGACCAUGACAAAACGCUGAUAAUAAUUGUUUCGAUAAUAUAGUCAUUAAACAUUUUUUAUUUCUAUUUGAA